CGAUGUUUGGACACCGUUGCAUUCUCCGCGAUAUCACCGUAUCACCGUCUCCCGAUAUCUUUCUCAACAUUGUCCAUUACACGGGGUUCCCUCGGCCCUUGUAUUUAUACAGAUGUAAUCUCAAGCCCAUGCCAGUGUUGACUUUAUUGGGGCCUCUUGCUGCAUCAAGUAUACACAGGGAGAUGUUAGCCAGCUUUAUCGUACUGCUUGUCGGGACGGCCUGCCAGGUGUCCUGCCGAAGCCUGAACCAGCCUGCACAUGGUCGUACAUGGGACGUCGGAGAUCUCCUCCUCGACGGGCGACGGAACGGGAUCACCAAUGACAGUGAAAGUGAAGUUCGAGAAGGGAUGCUCCUCGCUGAAAGCAUGUAUCUUGCCGUGAAGAUGAGCGAGAUCAGAAAGAAAACUCCGCUCCCAGCUGUAUACAGCAACCCAACAGCCUGUUUCGAAGACCUGGGCUGUUUCAGCACUGACGGAAUGAUGAACCACGUAGGCGAGCUGCCUCAGCACCCGGACGAAAUCGGCACCUCGUUCGCGCUGUACACGAACCUGAGUAGCGAACAUCCAAUUCACUUCAAUUAUAAUGAGCUCAACCAGACAGCAGAACACUUCGCAACCGCUAAAGACAUCGUCCUAGUAAUCCAUGGCUUCAUGGGAAGCGGCGAAGACGACUGGGUUAUGGACAUCACUAAGAAGCUACUUGAAAAGGAGGACCGCGUCGUCAUUACAGUGGAUUGGAGCGAGGGAGCUCUGUUCCCGGACUACACCACCGCGGUAGCUAAUAGUGCUCUAGUCGGUCGUCAGGUGUCACUUCUCCUGCAACGCCUCAAGGCACUCUAUCCAGAAGCAGUGCACCCACAAAAGGUUCACCUAAUUGGCUUUAGUCUUGGGGCACACGUAAGCGGCUUCUGUGGAAGGCACUACUUCAACGAGACUCACCAAAGGAUCGGGAGGAUCACAGCACUGGACGCUGCAGGACCCUUGUUCGUAGACUCUCAGAUCCACGUAUCUCGGAAGGACGCCUCUUACGUGGAUGCGAUCCACACCAGUGGUGGGGCCUCAAUACUACUGGGCCAGUUUGGCACGAAUAUACCAUUCGCACACGCCGACUUUUACCCUAAUGGAGGUCAAUCACAACCUGGAUGCUCCUUCUUGGAUGUUGGAUGUAGCCACAGGCGCUCCGUCGAGUACUUCAUUGAAUCGCUGCUGGCACAUAGCACCCACUGUCGGUUCAGGUCUCAUUCUUGCAGUGUCGAUGCCAUUACCAGCGGAGAUUGCGAGGCCAAGAAGUGGAGUGGGGAAAUGGGCUACCCGAGCUACUUCGUCGACACGAGAGGGCAGCAGUUCCUGAAGACAAAGAGCGAGCCACCUUUCUGCAUCGUGUGAUGACGAAAGGUUCUUGUCUGGAAAGACAUGUGUAUAUGCCUUCAUCUGUACUUUUUCAUCUUCAUCAUUAAAGUGUCAUUACGGAUUUUAA